AUGUCUUACCCAUACAACAACAUCAACAACAACACCAGCAACAACCACACUUACUCACCCCCUGCCAAUCCUCAUGCUCAUGGCAGUGGCUAUCAUCCCUCACACCCGCUAUAUCAGCAGCCCCAGCAGGUCGGGGGUGUUAAUCCUGGCGGACGUCAAUCCUCGCAUUCCCAUGCUCCGGAACUAACCCAUGCGGGCUUUAAUCCUCAAGGCCAAGCUGGUUAUGCGGGAGACUAUAGCGGACAAGGAAUCGCUCAGUCUCCAGUCUCGGGUUAUGCGCCUUCCGGCUUACCCAUCCCUGUCGCUCACCACGGCCAUAUCCCCCACGGCAGCAUCCCUCACGGCCAGCCCAUCAACUCCUUCCCGGGUGGCCAUAGCGUUGCGACUCAUCAUGGCCAUUCAUACUAUCAUGCCCAGCCUUCGUCCCAGUACACCCUCCAUCCCGUGGGACAUCAGGCGCCGUCGUCUUCUUCAUCGCAGCCCGCUCAGCCUACCCACAGGUGCGACAUCUGCGACCAGACGUUCACCAGGGGUGGUGAUCUCAAACGCCACCGCGAUUCGGUCCACAGCGAGAGGCUUCACAAGUGCACCAUCUGCCAGAAGACGUAUACACGCACCGACUCCCUCACCAGACACAUGAACGACUCUCAUGCUUGA